GCCAAUUACUAGAAAAAUAUCAUUUUUGACAAAUUUCACCAAAAUUUGAGAGAAGUAUUAAAAAAUAAUCCAAAAACUACUCAAAUAAAAAAAAUAUUUUUGAGUGGAUUUACACAGUAUUCGACAUAACUAUGGUCCUUAAGUCGGCAGUCGCUUUUAUUUGUGUUUUUUGACCAACUUUUCUAAGUUAAGUAGGUUUUUUAAAGAAGCUAUUUGACGUUUCAGAUAGCCAACAUUUUUUUUCAAAGAUGCCUCCAAAAGGAAAAAGAUCAUUUCACAAAUAUACGGAAAACGCCCUGAACGACGCACUAAAUGCCAUAAGAAGAGGCGAUAUAUCAAUUUUGGGUGCCAGUAAAAAGUAUGGUGUUCCCAGGGCAACUUUGCAGGACAAACUGUCUGGUAGAGCUCCUGAAGGCCCAAGAAAGAUGGGACCUCCUACAAUAUUAACAACUGCCGAAGAAGAGCAUUUAAAAAAGUGGUGUCUAGAUUUGGCCAAAUGUGGAUUUCCGAUAAAAAUUGACGAAUUGUUAAACACCGUACAAAAAAUUUUAAAUGAGGAUAAAAGAGUUACUCCUUUUAAAGACAGUCGACCUGGCAGAAAAUGGUUUAACGCAUUUUUAAGACGACAUCCUGAUUUAAGCAUUCGGGAGUCCGAGGGAAUUACAAAGGGGAGAGCCAUAGUAACGGAGGAGACUAUAAGAAAAUGGUUUUCCGAUUUAAAAACGUUUUUAGAAGAGCAGAAUGCUACAGAUAUCUUGGAGGAUCCAUCCAGGAUUUUUAAUGGGGAUGAAACCAGUUUUUCUAUGUGCCCGAAAACUGGAAAAGUUUUAGCGCCAAAGGGUUACAGAAAUGUGUAUUCAAUACAAAAAGGAAACGAAAAAGAAACAGUGACAGUACUAUUAGUCUUUUCCGCUAAUGGUAAAACUGUUAAUCCAAUGGUUGUUUUUCCAUUUAAAAGAGUUCCCAAGGAUGUAGUGAACAGUCUCCCGGAGACCUGGUUCCUCGGAAAAUCGGAAACCGGAUGGAUGAUCAGUGACGUGUUCUUUGAAUACAUUGCUAAUUGUGUCCAUAAAUGGUUAGAAGAUCAAGUCCCUAGGCCAGUUUUGCUAUUUGUCGACGGUCAUAAGUCUCAUAUGACUAUGGAACUUAGUGAAUUCUGUGAGAAUAAUAAAAUUAUAUUGUACGCACUUCCUCCCAAUACAACACAUAUAAUGCAACCAGCGGACGUCAGUGUUUUUAAGCCGUUGAAAUCUGAGUGGAAAAAUACAUUGAGGGAAUGGCAAAAUAAAACGGAAAAUAUUAACAAAGUCCUUUCAAAAUGCACUUUUUGUCCUCUGUUGCAUUCCGUGCUGUCAGCAAUAGAUUUGGAAGACACCAUUAAGAAUGGGUUCCGGAAAUGUGGACUUUAUCCGUUUAACCCUGAGAACGUCGAUUAUACAAAGUGUGUAAGAAACAAUUUGGAAAGAAUGACAAAUAGGAGCGAUGCAAAUAAUGGUUUACAUUUAAUGGACUUCGACAAAGCAAUUCAAGUAAUAAACCUAAUAAGUUCAAGGCUUAAUUCUCGGGGAAUUGACGCUAACAUAGUUGUUGAAGAGAUUGAGUCUCUGAAAAACUCUGAAGGCGAACAAGAUAUUGAAUUAUUAGCCAACGUAACCGUGCAGCCCAGUUCAUGUAUAGUCAAUAAAGACUGGAUUUUGGAAAAAGAAACCCGGCUACGCUCUUCAUCUCCAUUAAAUGAAAAUAAUGCACCGAUAUUGACUUUUUGUUCGUCUCCCACUACAUCCAGAAAUGUAGAAUUGUCGUUAAAACCAACGAAAGAUUCACCUAAAUCAUCAGUAACUAGCGCACUUAUUAGAAAUGUUUUAAGUCCCGUUAACUUAUCCAAACCAGGUUCUUCCAAGUUUUUACAAAACGAAGAAGGGUCUGUGUCAAAAUCGUUUAAAAGCCAUAUUCAAUUCCCUAGAUUGACAUCAGCAGUAAAACCCAACUCGAGAAUCAAGCCUCCAAGUGCAAUUUCUGCACUUGCAUGGAGGGAGCAUAUUCAAGCAGUAGAAAAUGAAAAAAUUGCCAAGGCAAACGCAGUACAAGAGCGAAAACUGGAACGCCAGAAACGAAAAUUGGAGAAAUUAGAAAAAAUAAGAAAAAAUAAAAGAGGAAAGAAAAGGGAAAAGCGUAGUUCUUUCAACGAAGAACUUGACAGUGAUGUGGAAGACUGAUACCAAUGCACCUGUGAAUUAACUUAUUUUAUUCCUAAUGUUUAAGUUUAAGUUAAACCAAAAUGAAUUAAAAACAGUAACUAGGUUAAAAGACAAAAUAAACUCCAAAUAUUAAAUUUAUUCUUUUUUUCUUUUAUCUCAUUUUUAUUUUAAUUAAAAAUCCAUUUACUAAAGGUAACCAUACUAUUUCAAAUUCUAGAUUAAACUGUGAAUUAGUAAUAUAUAAUUGUUUUGUACUAUUUGAAAUAAAAAAUAAUAUAAAAAAUAAUAUUUUCUUUAUUGAAAUACAAUAUGCCGACUACUGGCAAAUAGACAUGCCGAGCAUUGGAAAAUGGUGCCGACUACUGGCAAAAAACCACUGUUUUAGUAAAAUUGCAAAUUUUACCAAUUUACUAAAAACAAAUUAAAUUUUUGUUUAUUAUUUCCAAAACUAAACAAAAUUUGGAAUCCAAACAACUUUAGUUUUCUGCAAUUGAAAGAUUUUACUCAGAAUAUUGAAAGAUUG